AUGGCUCUGUAUAAUUUCAAGAAAAUUGCAGUCGUUCCAACUGCAAAGGAUUUUAUCGAUAUAAUCCUAUCGAAGACGCAGCGAAAGACACCGACAGUCGUUCACAAGCAAUACAAGAUUACGAGAAUACGCGCGUUUUAUACGCGCAAAGUGAAAUUCACCCAACAGAACUUCCACGACAGACUCUCCCAGAUAAUACAGGAAUUUCCCAAGCUGGAUGACGUACAUCCGUUCUACGCGGAUUUGAUGAAUGUUUUGUACGACAAGGAUCACUACAAGCUGGCUCUUGGACAGAUAAACACCGCCAGGCACUUAAUCGACAACAUAGCGAAGGAUUACGUUCGCCUAAUGAAGUACGGAGAUUCUCUGUAUCGAUGUAAACAGCUGAAGAAAGCCGCGUUGGGCCGAAUGGCCACCAUCAUGAAGAGGCAGGCGGCUAAUCUGACAUACCUGGAACAAGUUCGGCAGCACUUGGCUCGGUUACCCAGCAUAGACCCUUAUGCGCGCACGAUAAUCAUCUGCGGUUUCCCGAAUGUCGGCAAAAGCAGUUUCAUCAAUAAGAUCACCCGAGCUGAUGUAGAGGUCCAACCGUACGCAUUCACGACGAAAUCCUUGUAUGUGGGACACACCGAUCACAACUACUUGAGAUGGCAGGUGAUCGACACACCCGGAAUACUGGACCAUCCUCUGGAGCAGAGGAACGUUAUCGAGAUGCAAGCGGUGACGGCUCUCGCGCACUUGCGCGCCGCAGUGCUCUACUUCUGCGAUCUGUCGGAGCAAUGUGGUCAUAAUCUGGAUGAACAGGUAAAGCUGUUCGAGUCCAUCAAGCCUCUGUUCGCGAACAAGCCGCUCAUAAUAGUGAUGAACAAAACGGACAUCGUACAGCUGGACGAGUUACCGCCAGAGAAGAGAGCCGCUCUGAAAUCGCUCGAGGACGACGCGAAUGUACCUGUCAUGGAGAUGAGCACUGUCACCGACUUCGGUGUGAUGGAGGUGAAAAUAGAGGCCUGCGAGCGUCUCUUGGCCUUUAGAGUCGAUCAGAAGGUCAAAAGCAAGAAGGUGGAGGGAAUACUUCAUCGAUUACACGUCGCCCAACCGAAGCACGUGGACAAGAAUCGCGUGCCCUGCAUUCCGGAGAGCGUUCUGAAGAAGCGACAGGCUGCUGCGGAGAAGGCCGAGAGGAAACGUAAACUGGAGAGAGAGAUAGAGGUGGAGCUGGGAGACGAUUACGUGCUUGACUUGAAGAAGAACUACGACAUCGAGGGAGACCAGAAGUACGACAGCAUACCGGAAAUCUGGGAAGGUCACAAUAUCGCAGAUUACAUCGAUCCGGAGAUAUUCGAAAAACUGAACAAACUGGAGCAGGAGGAGCACUUGAGGGAAGAGGCUGGCCUGUACGAUUACAAGGCACCCGAGUUGUCGCAAACGAUGCGCGAGAUCAGGCAACUGGCGAUGCAGAUCCGUGAGAAGAGGGCCAUCAUGAAGGAGGAAGCGCGAGUAACGAAGGCAUCUACGAAACCGGUAAUGCCGCGUACGGCCGCGGCCAAGGUCCGCGACCGUUCGGUCGCGAAGCUGAAGGAGCAGAUGGAAGAUCUGGGUGUGGAUAUGGAGGGCACCGAGAACGCGCACUUCAAACGCACGAGAGCGAGAUCAAGAUCGCGUUCGGAGCACGCCGCGAAACGUAUGCGCGUGGAGUCGCAGUCACGCGGCCGCAGCGUCUCGAAACCAUCGCGGGACGAGAUGGGUAUCAAGGACGUAGCGAUGAAGACGAAGCUGAAGAAUGUAGCGCACAAGGCUCUGAAGAAGAAGAUUGCCAAGAAGGGUCUCAAGGGCGAGGCGGAUCGCUUCAUCGGCAAUAAGAUGCCGAAGCACCUGUUCACCGGCAAAAGGGGAGUCGGCAAAACGGACAGAAGAUAAUUCAGUUAUUUAUAUUCGUAUUACAUGUUUCUUUAAAAUAUGUAGAAACCUUUGUAGGAAGAUUAAUGUUUGUAAUUGAAAUUUUUUAAAUGACGUUCAACAGAGAUACCGACAUCGUUUCGCACUCGUUUGAAACGCCGUCGCUGUCCGAUCUUUAAUUCACGUUAAUCAAUAAUACGAUUGAGUGAAU